UUGAAGCCUGUAUGAACGAGCUGUGUGUACACAUUUCAAUAUAUUGCCAAAUACUUCAUACAGAUGUAGUAAUUCCUGCUGGAAUAUGACCUCACACCUUGACCCCAGUCUACAGGUGAUGAUAGGAGAACUUGACAACGAAGAUUGCGUUUUUAUGUCCUCAGAUCCCAGUGUCAAAUUGAACAAAGGUACUCAAUCAUCAUACAGACAAAUUUAGGACAAUGUGGAUUCUGAUAUUAGUGGCAGUCUUACCUCACUCAGUGGUGGAGGCCAAAGGAGGGAGUGGGUGUGGGAAGCUACCCACUCCAGCAGUAGGGCAGCCUCCCUUGCCUGCUUUAGUCAACACAUACGAGGUCCACAUCGAGAUGAAGUCAGUCACAGAGAACACGACCACAAGCAUCAAUGAGUAUUUUAACGGGACAACACAACAGCUCGCUGUCCGGCAAACGUUGCUGGGAGUGCGCGUGUACAGUUACUUCCACUACGCCCUGGAUGAGCUGCUGACAGUGGUUCCUCAGGAAGGAACCUGCGUAGUGACGAAUAUAUCAACUUCCAAGUUGAGCUACCUAUUCGGUGACCAUGGCAACGCCUCCAGUAUCCUCCAGCUCGGUCGAGACACCACCCAGGUGUAUCAGGGAACAGACACGGUGAGGGGGAUACGCGUUCGGAAGUGGUGUUCCUGUCAAACCUGGGACGCUUUUAACGCAACCAUGAAUGUAACAUGGUACUUUUCAGAUCCAGCUUCGUGGGAUACUGGAAUUGGCCUCGAAGCAGUUCCUGUUCGAGCCUGGGUUCAAGGUCACUCAGGUCAUGCCGGUGGCCAUAAAUACUUCGAACAAAUCUUCGACAUGUUUCACUUCAAUGAUUUGAUUACAACAAAAGACGCUCUUCAGGUGCCCGAUCUCAUCUACUGUGGCGGGCGCAGAGUACACAAAGCGAUGCCAAGUAUUCCAUCCUCGUUUUCAGUGCAAGUUGAACUGGUGGAGACAAAUACGAAACUACUCAGUAAUAUUGAGAUUUGGCUGGACACACAGAUGAAACUUGGUAAACACAUUUACAACCAAAAGUCGGCUCAUCUGGCGAACAUACAGGAUUUCAACACAGGUGUGGCCUACGUCAUGGACUUGGAACGGGGCAACUGUAGCGUUUCCCCCAUCGGCGUUCAUGACGCCACUACAAACAAGGGGCGGAUCCAGACAGCGGCGCAGGCGUUCAUGAUGGACGUCACUGACGCGGUCUACACAGGAGUUGAAGCUAUUCGAGGCAUAUCGACCGAUGUGUUCGUGGCUACCCGCACUGACUACCCUCCUGAAAUGCCCCAGAAUACCACACUGGAGUGGUUCUUCUCACAGAAAGAAGGUACAUCGCUGGCAGCAGGGACCCUUCUGCAGAUGAGGAUGAAUAUGCCGCAGAUAGCAGAGAAACUGCUCUACAACCUGUUUUACCUGACCCCCUACAACACCGACCUGAACACGUGGGACGUCAGCUCAUGCUACCAGAAUCUCCCCAGGCGUGUGUUCCAGUUCUCCGUGUCGGGUACAUACGGUGACCAGAUACAAGCUAGUCCUGAUUUGUUCAAGUACGCCGUUGUCCUGUCUGUCAUGGGUCAAACAGGCGUGUCUCCGCUGAGGAUUGCAAACGUCCAGCUGGAGAACAAGAAGGAAUUCCUUGUCAAUUUUGACAUGCUGGGAGUGGCACCCGUCCCUGUUAGGGCAAAUGUGACACAGACACCGCUAGGUGUCGCUGGCGAUAUGUUACGCCACGCGUUUCACCAGAACAAGUUCUCCGUGUAUCUUCCCGACACGAACAAGCCCUUCCUCAUCACCCCAGUCCCGAAUUCCUUCAAAGAAAUCUCUGUGAAUGGACCACCAGCUGCGUCCACUCCAUCGCACAUGACGGCACCAACAACUGCGUCCACUGUUAUGACGAUACCAGCAACGGCCUCAAAUUACGUCCCCUUGCCCAGCUUCCCCUUCGUGUAUGACGUCAUCAUUCAGAAGAUCAUGCCGGAAAUACACAUGUCCACGGAAACAGCCGAGGCUUUCAACAACACAGCCAAUCAGCUGUCCCAACGUCACAAGGCAGAGGGCGCUGUCACGCAGACCAUCAUAAAUCUCAGCAACAAGGAAGUCCGCACAAUCAACAUGCAGAAGAGAACCUGCAAGGUAUCAGGGCUGGGUGCGGGGAACUUGUCGGAUCUCGUCGGCUACACGGGGGACGCUCAGGGCAAAGGGAGGAUAUUCUCCCUGGCUGGCACCUUCCUGUACGACAAGGGCCGCAACUACACUUACGUGGGCAGGGACGUCAUCAGGGGCAUCGCGGUCAGGUCGUGGUCGGUGACCAACAUCAACAUCGACGGCGACAACAACAACAACAUGGACGUCAUGUGGUAUUUCGCAGACCCUAACGCCUGGGACACCGCUCUGAACUGGCCUAACGCCCCCGUCAGGGCCACAGUCGUGGGGGAGGACGAAAGGGUGACGCCCACUCUGGAUUAUGUGAACAUCUACAACUUCUUCCACUUCAAGAACUUCCUGCAGAUCGACGACCCAUUUGAGACACCUGACCUGAUCACAUGCCCAGGAAGAACACCAAAAAGAUCGUUUCCAGCCAUGGCGCCAGCAGCAUCCUUCACAGCAGAAACAGUGGAUGACACAGGACACAUCACGCGCACCGAGGAGAGUUACGACACGAAGCUGCGGGUGACGAAAUAUACCUACACUCAAGCACCAGGCUUGUAUGAUACAGAUGUUGGACCACGUGUGACAGACGUGCAUGACUUCACUACAGGGGUUGCUUAUGUGACGAACACCAACACCGGGACCUGCACGUGUCGGACCAUUGAAAAAAACAGUUUUGGUGCCAUCAGUAAGAAUGAAAUCUACGUCCAAAUGAAGACAGCAUCACAGAUCUUCCACAUGGAUUUCAAGGACUAUUCUUAUGAAGGGCAGAUAACAACAAGAGACAUCCCGACAGAGAGGUUUGUGGCCGUCAGGACGGACUAUCCACCGCAGACAACACUCAGCUCCACGUUUGAAUGGCGAUUUGCCUCUAGUCAAUAUGCCCGAGUCCAGCAGAGUCAGGAGACCUUCACUGGCGGAGUUCCCGUUCAGAUACAGAUCAGUGUACCGGAAGACAACGUCAAGUACACGUACAACAUCUACAACUUCAUCCAGGCUAGGCCCAACCUCCUGAACUGGGACAUCCGCUCAUGCUACAGGGGUCAAGAGAAGAGGAUUCUACAGUUUUCAAUUCCUGGGUCCUACAGUUCCCAGAUAUCCUCCAGCAGAGAGACGUUUAAACAUGAAACACUCUCAGCCUUACAAGAUUCCCUCAAAGUCUCACCACUCCGCAUAAAUGACAUUCACCUUCAGACAAACUUCACCACCACCAUCAGCGUGAGGUUCACCUUGCUGGGCACCGCGCCUAUCGAAGGGGACGUGAACGUCAACAUCACAGAGACGUCGCUCGACAGUGCUGUCGCAAAACUUGCGCAACUUAUCAAGGACCAUGCUUUCAUGAUUCCAGCAGUAUUUGGCAGUCACAUUGAGGCAAUUGCAGCUCUACCUAAGUCAUUCCGUGACAUUACAGAGGAAGGUAAAACGACCGCAAUAUCAGCAACAACAUCACCAGCCGCAUCAGCCACAAAAUCUCCCACGAAAAUUUUGACAACUGGAGUCCCACAAACAAAAUCUUUGGGGAAGACGAGUAAAGCUUCGACCAUCCCCGUGCCCCACCCUGGGAAGAGCUCACAUGGUCAGGGUCUCAAACCAACAACAGCAAAACUCCAUAUAACAACACCAGGUCUAUAUGGUUCUUCGUUGGCAAAUAUUCUGUGUGGAUACGGCCAUGCAGGAUACAAAACAGGUGUCGUGGUGGGCGUGAGUGUCGCCAUGGUGAUUGUUGGGGGCGUACUUGGGACUGGAGCGGCCAUCUAUAUGUCAAGAAGAAGACACAUCGGAUUCCGAUGAUGUGACUCGACCUACACACAUUCUGGUCACUUUAACUGUUUCGAACUGAUGUCCAUGAUCAUGUCUGUUAUGGGGCAACAAUAAAUAUUUAAAAAAUAUAAAAGUUCAUCUGUUGC